GACCGCACACUGGCGACCCCGCCGGGGACCGCCCCCUGGAGAUGGUCCCGGGCCAGCCCCGAGCCCGGCACUGACUCGGCUUCGCCUACUCCCGCGUCCUGCACCCGAGGGCCCAGCGGGGCGAUAACAACUUCUGCUGUUGGUCUCCGCACUGCACUGCCCCUUCUUUUGGGCCAGGGCAGUGUCAGCAGCCCUCAGAGCGCAGACCCUCCCGAGUGCCCGGAAAGGCCCCCGUCUGGCCCAGCGCCUCUCCAACUCUUGCUGGAUGGAGGCGCCCCACGAAGGAGCCGGGUGAACGCCUUGGCCUUCACCUUCCAGCCCUUGCUGACCACACCUCCCCUGGUGCGGAGGCUGCCCUGAGGAGCAGGAAAUGCUGUACCAGCACAGCUGGCUACUUAGGAGCUCUGUGUGACCACCAGGAUGGACCUGGGGCCAGCGACGCAGACCUUCGUGCUGGAACUUCGCUGUCUUGAAGAUGGAGGCCCAGGGCCUGAUACCCUCUCAGGUGGCAGUGGUGGGAAUGAGAGUCAGGAGGAAGAAGAGACUCAAGAGAGGAGCAGUGGCCCACCACAGCCAGCAAUCUCAACCCUGGUAGGGGCCAGUAUUAUUACCAAGGAAGCACAGCUGGGACAGCAGGAGUUGCAACUUCAGGAACAGGAGCCAGAGCUGAGCCUACAGCCACAGCAGGAGCAGCUGCAACAGCAGCAGCCACAACACCAGCUAGUAGAACAUCACCCAGAAUUGCUGCAACAGCAAGAUGGACAAGAGCAGCAUCUUCCACAGCAGCAGGAGCUACAGGAAAAUCAGCACCUCCUACAACAUCUGCAGUCGAAAUCGCACCUGCAGCUGAUGCAACAGCAGGAACAGUUACAACCACAGCAGCAGAAACUAUUGCGGCCAGAGCAAUUAGAGCAGAAACAGCAGCAGCUGCUGCAGCAGGAACAGACACAGAAGCAGCAGGAACAGUUAUUGCAGCAGCAGCUGCAGCAGGAACAGCUACAGCAGGAACAGUUGCAGCAGCAACAGCUACAGCAAGGACAGUUACAACAGCAGCAGCUACAGCAGGAACAGUUGCAGCAAGAACAGCAGCUACAGCAGGCACAGUUACAGCAGCAACAACAGCAGCAAGAACAGCUACAGCAGCAUCAGAAGACUCAGUCACAACAGCAGCAACAGGAACAGUUGCAGCAACUGUUGCAUCAACAGCAGCAAGAACAAUUACAGCAUCAGCAACUAUUGCAACAGCAGCAAGAACAGUUACAGCAGCAGCUGUUGCAGCAGCAACAGUUACAGCAACAGCAGCUACUGCAGCAGCAACAGCAACAGCAGCUACUGCAGCAGCAGCAAGAACAGUUGCAACAGCAGCAGCCAGAGGAGGAGGAAGAAGUGGAGCUGGAGCUCAUGCCAGUGGAUCUGGGGUCCGAGCAGGAGCUGGAGCAGCAGCGACUGGAAUUGGAGCGGCAACAGGAGCUGGAGAGACAGCAGGAGCAGCGGCAGCUGCAGCUCAAACUGCAGGAGGAGCUGCAGCAACUGGAACAGCAGUUGGAGCAGCAGCAGCAGCAGCUGGAGCAGCAGCAGCUGGAACAGCAAGAGGUGCAGCUGGAGCUGACUCCAGUGGAGCUGGGGGCCCAGCCGCAGGAGGUGCAAUUGGAGCUGACCCCUGUGCAGCCGGAACUGCAGCUGGAACUCGUGCCUGCCUCAGGAGGUGACGGGGCUUCAGUACCAGGGGCUCCGGCCACAGUUGUGGUGGCCCCACCAGGCUACGUGGUGGUGCAGGAGCUCAUGGUGCUCCCAGCCGUGACCACACCUGCAGUGAUGGCCAUCCCCGGCCCUGCGGGCAGCGCAGCCCUGACUCCAGCGCGGCAGCGGCGGCGGCGACGUGCCCGGGACCGACCAACCAUCUGCGGGGAGUGUGGCAAGGGCUUCAGCCGCAGCACGGACCUGGUGCGGCACCAGGCCACGCACACGGGCGAGCGGCCGCACCGCUGCAGCGAGUGCGGCAAAGGCUUCUCGCAGCACUCCAACCUGGUGACGCAUCAGCGCAUCCACACGGGCGAGAAGCCCUACGCCUGCUCCUACUGCUCCAAGCGUUUCAGCGAGAGCUCAGCGCUCGUGCAGCACCAGCGCACCCACACGGGCGAGCGGCCCUACGCCUGCAGCGAUUGCGGCAAACGCUUCAGUGUCUCGUCCAACCUGCUGCGCCACCGGCGCACGCACUCGGGCGAGCGGCCCUACGUCUGCGAGGACUGCGGCGAGCGCUUCCGUCACAAGGUGCAGAUCCGCCGCCACGAGCGCCAGCUGCACGGCGCUGGCCGCUCCCGGGGCCUGGGCCUGCUCCGCAGCAUGCGCACGGCCACCGGCGCGCCCCCGCGCCCUGAGCAGGCCCCGUGACAGGGGCGUCGAGGAGGAGCAGAGCGCUGCCUCUGGGGAGCCCUGCCAGGGGGGCUGCCUUGACACCCAGGGAUCGCCAGAAAAGACUUCAUUUUCCUCCCGGAGUAGAACUGGGGGUCAACCGGCCCCAAAUUCCCCAUAAAAACACUUCCCAGAGGAAAGCCUUUGUGGGUAAAACAGCACACCCGUUGCACAGCACUAGAAACGGCACAAGGCGAGAAUCUGGUUUUGGAUACCGUGGUAAGAGGCAGUCACCGCUUUCCCCGGGAAAAUUGGACUUAGCAGAAACCGAGAACAGGAAAAGAAAACUGUGCUGACAAGCGUGACAAGCGGCGACAUGUGACACAGAUCAAGCACUAAGCAGGGAAUCAAAUCUAUGUGGUAAGACACACAUCAAAAGGAUUUGAUCCUGGUGAAAAUUAUUUCAAGGAAAUAAAUUUAUCUGCACUAUGGAGAAAACUGAUCAAGGCAUCAAAUUGUCCUCAAUGGCAUUUGCCUUGAAAAUACUUUCUAUAAUGAAAAUUCCUCAGGAUGGCUGUUAUCCUGAUUAAAUAUUUGUGUUCAUAAACACAGAUCAGUUUCCACUGGGUCAAUGUGCAAAUGCCAGGAAGCCCUGCUCCACGCGGCAGGCACAACCUUCCCUCCAGGGUCGUCCAGGACCCCCAGCGCGGAGGCGGGCUCUGGCUCUUUGCUGCCAUGGUCUUUGCCCACUGCGGCCCCUUAAACAUCCCCUUGAGCAGAACCUGUGGCUGAAGCAGAGGGCAUCUGGGCCGUGCUCACCUGGGUCGGAAGGCGAGGUCGCUGAGAGUCGCCCAGCUCAGCCCUGCUCUGCCUGCGCUUCACCAGCUCUGGACUUCGCAGGCUGCCCAGGGCCAGGCUCUGGGGCUGGAGUCCUGAGACCCAGGGGCAGGAUUCUGGACCCUGCUAGGCGGGGCUGGCCUGACCAGACCUGCCACAUUGCUGGGGGUCAGAGGGAGAAGGUUGGGGUUGGCCACAGAGCGCGGGCACAGAGUGUCUGGGCCCACAGAGCGGCCUCCCUGAGCGGGGACAGCAGAGGGAGGUGGAAGAGGCUGCCUGCCAGCUCUGGUCCCCAGAUGCUUCCUGCUCCAGCCCUCCCACGCGUGGCUGCUUACAUCCCGCCCUCCCUGGUCCUCCUUUACUAACACAGCCUGCUACUUGUACCAGUGUGUUGGAAAGUGGGAGACAAAAAAUGGAAAAAUAAAUUAAA